UCUAGAGAAAAAAAGCGACAACUUCCGGUAAAGUACUGUUUUUUUUCCCCAUCUUUAUUUUUUGGUAGGAUGUCUGUGGUUGUGUCCUUCGCAAUAGAGAAAUUCUUAUAGCUUUUACUCUGUUCAUUCGACUCGGCGCGGACAGCAACGUGGCAAACUUUUGAACGUCAUUUUUAACAUGUUUUGUAAAGGUGCAGCGAGAGCGUCAAGUGCGCUGCGGCCUUUGCAUCAUCGGUGUGGAAUAUUUACGUUGACCGCUCUGAACAAUACUGCAUCGGGCAGCGGAACGUUCUGGUCACGGACAUGCAAACGGGAAUCAAGUAACUCCGCAUGGAAUUCCAAGGUUCCUCAGGCACCCACAUGGGAGCCCAUAGCAGAAAAUCAACUUCCAUCGCCAACAAGAGUCUCCCCAGAUUUAGUGGACAAAUUGGAGAGAUUAGCCCUCGUUGACUUUGGCAGUAAAGAAGGGGUGGACUGUCUGGAGAAAGCCAUUCGAUUCGCUGAUCAGCUUCAUGUCAUUAAUACUGAUGGCGUGGAGCCGAUGGAUUCAGUUCUAGAGGACAGAGAGCUGUAUUUGAGAGAUGAUUUGGUAACAGAGGGUGAAUGUGCGGAGGAGCUGCUCCAGCUGGCCAAACACACUGUAGAGGAGUACUUUGUUGCACCUCCAGGGAACAUCCCACUGCCUAAGAAAGAGGAGAGAUCUGCUAUGCUUAAACACUCUGAAUUUUGACAGAAAUGCCUUCACCCGUGAUCAGGUGGAAUGGAAACAGAAAGUGACGUUGUGAAGUUUUCAGAAAUGAAACAUCAUUGUUUAUGGGCGGGACUUCAGUUGAGGCUUUAAAUGCACACCUCCA